CCCCAUCGUGGAGUUUUCCUCCCACAGUCGGUCAGUUUCUUCAUCCCUGAUCUUGUGCGCGUCACCGCUCAUACACCGUUCAACAAGGGGACAGAAUGGGAGCAAAACUCAGUCGAAAGAAGAGUGAAGCCGGAAUAGGAGCAGACACAACAGGUCCGGAGACUGCAGAGCAGAAACCUUCCGAAGCUCCAGUCCCAGAAAAUGCAUCAGAAGAGAAGCCUUUAGAAGAGGCACCAAACGAAGACCAGAACCUCAGUGAGCCUGCCCGUUUUCUGGAGAGCAUUACACAAGCUGUAGAAGAAACGGUCAGUGCAGUCACGGAACAGAUUGCUGCACCUGUGGAAGACGUGGUGAGUAAGGGCAUUGAAGCAGUGGAGUCCGCAUUGGCUGCUGUCAGCCUUAAUGUGAAGGAACCUGCAGCUCCAGUGCAAGAACCUGAGCAAAUUCAAGAGUCUGAACCUUUGGUGGCUUUGGAUGACCUGGUGAAAUCUCAACCAAUCUCCGAAGCCCUUAAUGCUGAGCUUGACUCUGGGGUCACAGUGGAGAGUGAAGCCAUAACCAGUCAGGUGUUGGAAGACAAAAUUACUAAUCCUGCACUAACUGAGAACAAGGAUUUGUUGGAAUGUUUGGAUAUGGUGGAGACACCAUCAGUGGACCUGCUAGAUUGUAAAGUGACCCAUGAUUUAACAACCCCAAACUUAGAGCCCUCAUUUGCCCUAGAAGACAUGGGACAGGGCCCAUGCACAGCAGUUGACAAGGUCAACCUUAUAUAAACCACUUCAAUCACUCCUCCAGAAAACAUCAACAUUUGGAAGCUCAAUAGAGCGCAGCAGUCUGGUUCCGGAAGUAAAAAUCCUAUUAAUGUUUUCCAUAUGAUGAACAGAUGAUUAAUGAUAACUGAUAAACCAUGAGCUCCGAAGUUGUUAAUUGAUGGUAUAUGCUGUUAAAGCCAUCAGUCCACGUUACUUCAAAUCCUUAAAAAACAAAAAUCAAUUCGAUUACAUCAUUUGCAAUGCUUCAUGGGAUUGUAGUUCAUUCCAUCAUUAAAGACAAAAAGUACAGUCUUGUACCUUUGUCUUUUUGUCUGAUUUUCAAAUACGUUUUUGCUUCAUUUAAAAGUUUAUAGUGUUGUGAUUCACCUUCUGGUUGGUUGGUUCAUGGCUUAUUACUCAUUUAUGAUAUCCCUAUGGAUUUUUUUUGUUGGGAAAAAUACUUCUGGAACCAAGCAGGCUGAAAAUAUGGACAGGCACUGUUGCACUACUUUGGUACAAGCAUGUCAGACCAAGAAAAUUGUCAAGAUAAUAAUGAAACAAUUAACUUUUUACUAUUUUAUUUUUUUAAGGAUUACAGGCAUAAAAUGUUCAGUUAGUUGUAAAACCCAGGCUAAGAAAUGAAAAUAAGCCACCAGCCACUUCAGAUACCCAAUGAACAUUCAGCGGCUAAAGAAUGUACCUUAAACAAUGAUGAUUGUCAAUGAAAAUAAAGACUGUUAAACACAGUAA